CUUUUUUCAACACAAGUCAGCAUAGAAAUAACAAUUCGAGUGAUAGUGAAAUUGAAUUUAGAACUUAAAAAUUCCCAAUAUAAAAGUUUAGUAAAAUUCAGUAUUCUACUAAGUACCAUUUCGACCAAAUCAGAAUACCAGUAUCAGAACAUGGAUGAGGUGUUGGGACACUUGGGCUGCAUGGUCAGCAUUGUAUUGACCUUAUGUGUGGCUAUCUUGGGAUAUUUUUACGCCUAUCACUAUCACCUGACAAGUGGCAGAGGCAAUCGAACAGAUGUAACCAAGCUGUUUGCACCCAAUCUGCCGGAUUUGCCGCCAAUCAAACUGACCUUAUCUCAGUUGCUGGGAUUUGAUGGAACACGGAGUGAUGGGAGGAUUCUGGUGGCGCUCAAGGGAAAGAUCUACGAUGUGUCCAACGACCUGCCAGAGUUCGGUUUGGAUGGCACCCUGUCUCAUGUAGCUGGCAGGGAUUUUACCCAUUAUCUUAAUAUGAUAAUGGACUUGCAUGAUACGAAGAUCAACUAUGUGCAUCGUUGGGAAGCCAUUCUCGAGACAAAUUAUUCUCGUGUCGGAAUCUUAAUCGAUGAGCUUGGCAAUCCCCUUUUCCAGACCACGAAUAAUGUGGGGGUUGAGAGUUCCGGAAAUGCUGAAGAAGUGCGAGAAGAUCAGGAUGAAGCAGUUAAAAUCACUGAAACUAAUUCAGAAACUAAGAUAUCAAAUGGUAUGCCGAAAAAGAAAUUGAGUGAGGUUCUUACAGCCGAAACUUUGCCAUCGGAUACAGUACCUCAAAAAUCUUUUAUGGAUCCAAACUAAGAUAGCAUGGUUAUAAGGGAAAAUCUCGGAUUUUUUAUAAAAAUUAAAAUUGAGAUACAGCUUUGGAUGUUUAAUA